CUGAACUGUUUCCCCGUGUUUCUCGACGAGUCCGUGCUGCGCCAGCAUUACCACGGUUUUUGCAAGAAGAUCUUGUGGCCGGUGCUGCACAGCAGCGUGAACAUGUUCAGCAAGGACAACAUCUUCGCGGAUCGGCCGCUGAUGGACGAGUUGUUCAACGCGUACUCGCAGGUGAACGACGCGAUCGCGCGCGUCGUGAUGCAGAUUCAUAAAGAGGACGAGAUCAUCUGGAUCCAGGGCUAUCAAUUGAUGCUCGUGCCGUCUUCCUUGUCGCGGAAACUCAAAACGCCCACGCGGAUCGGCAUUUUCUUCCACACGCCGUUCCCCUCCUCGGACAUGUUCCGGAUUCUGCCGUGGCGCGAGAGCUUUCUGCACAGUCUCCUCGCGGUGAACCACAUCGGUUUCCACCUUUUCGAGUAUCUUCGGCACUUCGCGAACACGGUGCGUCGCAUGUUCGGCGUGCAGCUCCGCAACGGCGAGCACGGCCACAGCUACUUCGACUACAACGGCCGCAAGAUUCUCGCCUCCUGCGCGUUUAUGGGCAUCGAAUCCAAGGUGGUCUACGAGUCCAUGGAGACCGAAUCCUACCGCGCCGAGCGCGCCAAACUCCUCGAGCUCAUCGGCUCGCGCCGCGCCGUGGUCUCCAUCGCCUACCUCGAGCGGCUCAAAGGCUUCCUCCUGCAGCUGCAGGCGCUGCAAGCGCUGCUCCUGCAGUUCCCCGCCUACCGGGAGAGCGUCGUGUUCCUCCUCGUGGGUCUGGACGCGCAGGGCUGCAGCGACUUCGAGCAGUCGCGCGAGGAGGUCCAGGCCAUGGUGACCAAGCUCAACGCCAUGGUGGAUUCCCCGCGGCCCGUCGUGGUCUACCGCGAGGCGCAGUUCCUCACCGCGGCGGAGCGCGCGGCGUUCUGGUCGGUGGGGUCUAUCCUGGCCUGCACGCCGAUCCGCGAGGGCAUGAACGCGUUCCCGCUGGAGUACACGGCCGCGCACGCGCACGACCCCGCGCUGGGGCCCGGACUCAUCAUCCUCUCCGAGUUCACCGCGCCCGCGCGCGUGCUGAGCGGCGCGCUGUACGUGAACCCGUGGUCCGUCGUGGACGUGGUGGCCACCUACCGCAAGGCGCUGGAGAUGGGGCCGGACGAGCGGCAAGGCCGCUUCGAGAAGAUCUCCCACUUCGUGCUGAAGAACCCCACGAGCACGUGGAUCGACAAGAUGCUCCGCGACAUGUCCAGCAUCCCCGUGAGCAAGGAAUGCAGCGAGGUCUCCCUCGGCCUCGGCUACUUCCGCCGCGUCAUCGAGCUCCGCCCCAACUUCCAGCAGCUGCAGCCCAACUCCGUCGGCGACCUCUGGCUCUCCGCGCGGAAAAAGGCGCUCUUUCUGGACUACGGCGGCACGCUGGUGGACCAGGACAACUACAAAGGCAGCGAGCGGCUGAACGCCAUGCAGGGCCAGGGCUCCUUCCGCUCGCCCUCGCCGACCAUCCUGCACGCGCUGCAGACGCUCUGCGCGAGCCCUGACACCUGGGUGUUCGUGGUGAGCGGACGGUCGCGCGCCGAGAUGGAGCAGUCGCUGCGCGCCGUGACGCACCUCGGACUCGCCAGCGAGGAGGGCUACUUCUACCGCUUCCCCGACAAAACGUGCUGGACGCGGCUGACGGAGAACCGCGAGGAGAAGUGGCGCGAUGUGGCGCAGGCGCUGAUGGAGCGGUUCUGCACGACGACGAACGGGACGUUCGUGGAGCUGAAAGAGAGCGCGGUGCUGUGGCAGUUCAAGGACGCGGAUCCGGACUUCGGGCAGAUGCAGGCGAUGGAGCUGGAGGACGACCUGAAAUCGACGCUGGAGGCGUUCGACGUGGAGGUGCUGAAGGGAAGGGACUACGUGCAGGUGCGGUCGAACGCGGUGAAUAAAGGCGUGCUCGUGACGCAGGUGCUCGAGACGCUGCGCAGAAACUAUAACGCGGAGGUCGAUCUGGUGAUCUGUCUCGGCGAUGACACCACCGAUGAGGCAAUGUGGAAACGGGGAAACCGGGUGAGGCGUAGGUUUGAGGCCGCGACGCAGUAUGUCGAGGACAAGGAGGCGGGCGUGAAGAGAGAGGCGGUAGGCGAGGAGAGCGAGUGGGACGUAGGUGACCUGCACGGUGGGAAGGAAGCCGUCGAAGGCGCAGUACUAUGUGAAUGAUGUGUCCAAGGUAUCCGAUAUUUUGAGCAACAUUAAGAAUAUCAUCGAUCGGACGAACCAAACGCGCGAGGCGGAAGAACUGAUGACGGAUGAGGGAAGAUGGGAUAACGACAUGGGCGGAGAUCCGAGAGGAAACUCGGACGGAGCUGUUUUCAUUUAAUCUAAUAUAUAUUGUAUGU